AUGUCGGCGCCCGGGUUUGGUGCGCCCGCCAGCACGCCGGCCUUCGGCGGCUUUGGGGCCGCCAGCACCCCGGCGUUUGGUGCGGCAACAAGCAGCCCGGCGUUUGGCGCCGGCGGUGGCGGUGCGUUUGGCGCUGGCGGCUUUGGGGCCGCGGCCCCUGGCGGGGCGGCCCAGGGCACGCGCGUUGUGCCGUACCAGAAGCACCAGGACAAGGACCAGAGCGGCGGCACCAGCAGCGGCGGCCCCGUCUACUACAACACCAUCACAGCCAUGCCGCAGUACCAGAACAAGAGCGUCGAUGAGCUGCGCUGGGAGGACUACCAGGCCGGAGUCAAGAACGCCUCGUCAGCACCUCCACCGGCCGCCGGCGGCUUCGGUGCCCCCGCAUCGUCGGCCGCGUUUGGCGGGUUUGGGGCAACACCAGCGCCAGCAUUUGGAGCCGCCAGCCAGCCCGCCGCCAACCCAUUCGGCACUCCCGCCUCGUCGCCAUUUGGCGGCGGCUUUGGUGCUGCCUCCACCCCAGCAUUUGGAGCUCAGGCCAGCAGCCCGUUUGGCGGCGGCACACCCGCGUUCGGUGCCAGCACCCCGGCUUUUGGCGGGUUUGGGGCAGCCAGCACGCCUGCGUUUGGCGCUGCCAGCUCGGCGUCACUGUUUGGGGCGGCCAGCACCCCGGGAGGGUUCAGCUUCGGCGGCAGCACCCCUGCUUUUGGCACGGCCACCAGCACGCCGGCGUUUGGGGCCCCAGCCUCCACUCCUAGCUUUGGUGGAUUCGGGGCGUCGCCAUCGCCGUCGCCCUUCGGCGCCAGUCCUGCUUCGGCCGCGUCGCCCUUUGGGACGCCAUCCCCCAGCCCUUUUGGUUCCACGACGCCAGCAUUUGGGGCAGCCCCCAGCAGCUCGCCGUUUGGGGGGUUCGGCGCCUCCCCGCCAGCCAGCAGCGCACCCGCCUUUGGCGGCUUUGGCUCAGCCUUCGGCGCCAAGCCCGCGACCUCGCCCGGCUUUGGGUUUGGCGCUAGCUCCUCGCCAGCGUUUGGUGCUAGCGCUCCUGCUGCAAGUACAUUCUCUUUCAGCAGCGCAAGUGCCAGUGGAUUUGGCGCCGGGUUUGGGGCAGCGUCCUCGACGCCUGCGUUUUCGUUCUCCCAGCCGGCAAGCCAGCCGGCUGGUGGCGGCUUCAACUUCGGCAACUUUGGAUCUUCUUUUGGGGCUCCUGCGCAGGGCGCGGCGGGCGCGCAGCCCGCGGCCCCCGCAGUGCAACCGGCAGGUGUGGGCCAGGCCCCGUACGGCCAGCUCUCUGCGCUGCCCAGUGUCAACGUGCCUGAGCCCAAGGUCGGCAUCAGCGCCCGACCAGCGCGCCAGGCCAUCACCACACUGCGCCCCUCGCCGCUGCUGAUGCUGCGCUCGGCGACACCACGAUUCGGCGCCGGCCCCGCGCCCCGCAGCGCAGCGUCGCCCGGCCCCUCACCGCCCAGCCUCAGCCUGGGGGCCAGCGCCGGAGCGGUGUCGUCGCCGGCGGCCGCGCUGCUGCCAGCGCGAGAGAACCCGCACCGCCUCUUCAUCCGCGAGCCACCGCCCUCCACGAGCGCGUCCCCCUCCCGCAGCAGCCUCACGCCCAGCACCCCUGUCACAGGCGGCGCAGCUGGGGGCGGCGGCGCCACCACGCCGUCCCCCGCGGCGGCUGCGGCUGGCUCGGGCAUCCCGGCUGGCCGGCCGCGCAGCGCAGAGCGUCUGAGCAACGGCGGGGCCACAGCCCGCGAUUUCAAGGCGGCUGCGGACGGCUCCCCGGCCAACGGCGCUGCGGCCGCAGCGUCUGACCUGCUGCCCAAGCUGGGCUCACUCGCGAUGGCUGGCUACAGCAUAGAGCCGUCCCUGAGGCAGCUGCAGGCCCUGGCUGCGUCUGACCCUGGCGCCCUGGCGGGCGUGACGGGAUUCUCCCUGUCGCGUCGCGGAGUGGGCAGCCUGCGGUGGCUGGUGCCUGUGGACGUGAGGGGCCUCGAGCUGGACCAGAUCGCACGCAUCGACCCAGGCGAGGUGGCCGUGUACGUUGACACCGUCAAGCCGCCUGUUGGCUGUGAGCUCAACACGCGCUGUGAGGUGACGCUGCUCAACGUGCACAAGAAGAAAGGCGGCCAGAUUGUGACGGACCCUGUGUCGGUGGCAGCCUUUGAAAAGCGCCUGCGGCGGUACUGUGCAGAGGCGGGGGGCGAGUUUGUGGCCUACAAGCCGGACGGUGGCGUCUGGCGCUUCAAGGUGGAGCACUUCAGCCGCUACGGGGUGCCCCUGGACCAGGAGGAUGACGAGGACGACGAGGGGCAGGAGGGGGAGGAGGGAGGAACCCUGGGCGGCGCAGGGCCCGCCGCGGCAGCCAACGCCGGCGGCAGCGGCGCUGCAGGCGGCGGCAAGGGCCGCCGCUUUGGUGCGCCUGUUGUGGGCGGCGACAGCGACCUGGACGAGGCCACUGUGGACGGCGCCUGCAGCGACGGCGGGGAGGGGGAUGCGCCCGACAGCCUGAUGGCGGGCGGGGAUGAGGGCGACGAAGCCGCGCUUGACGAGCAGGGGGAGGAGGCGGCGUACGAAGCGGCCAGGCUCGGAGCCAGGGAGGUUGGCGCCGACGCGGGGGAGGUGGGCGAGGCGGCCUACUACACAGGCGGCCCGUCCCGCAAGCGCGGCUACGGCCAUGCCGCGCGGCCCCCACUGUCCGAGGGCCGGGUUGCAUGGGGCACCGAGGUUGAGGAGGCGGACGAGGCAGCGGGGCGCGGCGAGCCGCUGCAGCAUUCGCUGCCUGCGCUGCUGUCGCUGCAGCCAGGCCAGCUUGCGGCCAUGCGUGAUUCGUUUUUUCGUCAGGGCGGGGCCGCGGCGGCCGAUGCAGCUGCAUCCCCAGACGCGCCGCAGCAGCAGACACCCGCAGCGCUGGUGGUGCCGGCCCCCAGCACAGCGCGUUUGGCGCAGGUCACCGCGCUCGAGGCCCCGCUUGUGCCAUCCCCGUGCGAGGGUAUGGCUGUGGCGGGUGGCGGCGGCAAUGUUUGCGACGCCUUCAUGCUCAUGGGGCGAUCCUUCCGUGCCGGCUUUGGCCCGGGGGGUGCGAUGGCCUUCCCGGUCAACGCCUCCGCCACAGUUGGCACAGCCGCCCCUAGCGUCACCGUGACGCAGCUAUCCCCGCUGGCGGCCGUCAGGCCCGCGGCGCAAAAGCCUUUGGAGGUGGAUGCGCAGCCAGGCGCCGCAGCGCAAAACGCCGGGGGCCGCGUCGGCCUGGUGAGCGCGCUGCGGCGCCGCACUCUGGCAGCGUUUGAGGCCCACCUGUCAAUGAGCCGCGCGGAGGUGGAUGCAGGCGGCAAGGACGGCGAAGGUGGCGGGGGCGGUGAAGGUGCAGAGGAAGACAAGGAGCAGGCUUCCGGCCAGCUGGCGCCGCGCUGGCAGCUGGUGUGCAGCAGGCGGCAGCUUCCGCGGCUGGUGAAGCAGCAGCUGGCGGCGCUGGGGCGGCGCGGCGAUGGCGACGGCGAUGGCCAGGGCACCUCUGCUGAGAUGUGGCAGCUGCUGCAGGUGCUGUUUGAGCACAUUGAGGGGGAAGAUGGCGACUGCGACGAGGAGGAUGGUGACGCUGACGAGGACGGCGACGUCGACGGCGGUGCAGGCGCCGAUGCCAUGUCCCUGGAGGGCUCUGAGGGGGCAGAGGGGCGGCCGAGCGUCCUGGACGCAAGCACCAGCGCAUCGCGCCUGGCGAGCUACAAGCGGCGCGCCACGCUGUCAGGAUGGCUGGCCUCCAAGGCAGGCCGCGCCGUGCGCGCCGCGGUGGUGGCAGCCAGCGCUGCGGGCGGGCGCGAGGCGCUGCUGUGGGCGCUGCUGCACCUGGUGGCGGGCCACCAGCUGGGGCCUGCCGCAGCACUGGCCGCGGCGGCGGGUGACGCGCGGCUUGCUGUGCUGCUGUCUGUCGCGGGACGGCACGGCGCCAUCAGCUCAGACAUCGCGAGGCAGCUGCAGGUCUGGCACUCUGCAGGGUUGUGGCGCGAUCACUUCAGCCAGCCGCGCAAGCUCCUGGUUGCUGUGCUCAGCGGGCGCAUGGGGGAGGCUGCGGCCGCUUUGCAGCUGGACUGGACGCGUGCCCUCGGCCUGGCGCUUUGGUACUCCACACCCUCAACUGAGGGCCUAGGGGCUGCGCUUAAUGCUUAUGAGGCAGCAUUUGCAGGGCCUGCACGCGUCGCAGGCGUGGAGCCGCCCGUCCCUGCGCACGCCCGCGACCCCGCCGCAGCGCUGCCCGACAGCGCCGCCAACGGCUAUGUGACGGUGGGCGCCUCCGGCCCUGUUGUCAGCGACGCGCAGUACGAGCUGCUGCUGCUGGCCGCGCGCGGUGUGAGGGGCGCGGGGCCUGGCUUCGUGGCGCGGCUGCUGCGCACCGCCGGGCGUGGCACCAACCCGCUGGACGCGGCUCCGGGCUGGGUGCUCUCCAGUGUGCUGGCGGCACUGGGGGAGCUGCCAGACACCGACAUGGCGGGGGACCCAGAGCCAGUGCUGCUGCGGCUCGCGCUGGAUACGGUGGAACAGCUGCUGCUCUUGGCCUCUGGCCGGGACGCCGCCCUGGCGGUCUGCUGGGCGGUGUAUGUUGUCGUGCACCUGCCGCCGUCGCUGGCGACGGCAGCGGCGCGCGCGGCGGCGGUGCAGUCGCUGCUCGAGCGGACUGCCCCUCAGUGGGCGCUGGAUGCGCGCGCGCACAAGUUCCUGUCCGGCACGCUUGGCCUUCCACCCGCCUGGCUUGAGGUAGCACAGGCAACCUGGGCAGGCUACCUGGGGGAAGAUGCCGCGCAGCUGCGCCACCUGCUUGGGGCGGGCGACGCGCGCGCGGCGCACUCGCUGUUCUGCAGUGCUGUCGCGCCCAGCCUGUUCCUUGAGGCCAGCGCUGUGAGCGCGCGCCGCCUGGCAGCCCUGGCUGAGCAGUUGGCAGACCUGCGGGAUAUUGUGGGGCCAUCCUGGGCCGUAGGCGGUGGUCUGUACCACUCUUGGUCCAGACUGUUUGUGCUGCAGGGUGAACGGCAAGACGGGGACUGGCGGCGCGACGUGGCGGCCGAGGCGGCGGCUGAUGGCGAUGCGGGUGUGGCUGCAGUGCUGGAGGAGUGCUGCCUGCUGGCGCAGCAGCUUGUGGCGGCGGGGCGCCAUCUGGGGCGGGCAGUGCCGCCCACUCAGCGCGCAGUGCUUGCGCGGAUGAGUGACGAUGUGGGGGCCGCGCUCGGGAGGCUGAGCGCCCGCACCUCGGGGCAGGCUUCGUUCAUUGAGGACGCGGCGGUGGCGACGCUGCGGCAGGGGUGUGCUUUGCUGGGGCACCACGAGCCCACGCUGAUGGCGGGGCUGGCUGCGCAGCUAGCUGUUUUAUAG